AUGCAUGAAGUCAUUACCCUUCAGUUGGGGCAGAAGAGUAAUUAUCUUGCUACCCAUUUCUGGAAUACUCAGGAAUCAUACUUUACAUAUUCGGCGGAUCAAGAAUCUCUUAUUGAUCACGAUGUUCACUUUAGACCUGGGAUUGGAGCUGAUGGUAGUGAAACCUUCACUCCGAGAACUUUGAUUUAUGAUCUGAAAGGGGGAUUUGGUUCUUUGAGAAAGAUUAAUGCUUUGUAUCAAAUAGAUGAACCGGUUAUUACUGAUGGAUUAUGGAAUGGUCCAGCUGUAGUUCAACGGCAAACGGCCAUCCAACAGAGUUCAUAUCAACAAAGUUUGGAAGAAGGCCUCGAACCACCAAAGCUCACCUCAGAAUCGGUGCGAUAUUGGUCAGACUUCAAUCGUGUCUAUUACCAUCCAAGGUCAAUAGCUCAACUCAAUGAGUAUGAAUUGAAUUCAUCUUUGAUGCCAUUCGAAAAUUGGGAUGCUGGUGAAGAAUUAUUCAGUUCCUUAGAUAAAGAGCAUGAUUUGUUGGAUCGUGAUCUUCGACCUUUUGCCGAGGAAGCUGAUCAUAUGCAAGGCAUACAGAUAAUGGGAGGUAUCGACGAUGCUUGGGGUGGUUUUGCUGCUCGAUAUAUGGAUCGCUUGAGAGAUGAAUAUGGUAAGACCACGAUAUGGUUUUGGGGUCUGGAGGAUAAUAUCAAGGGAACACCCCGAGAAAAACGGUUCUUGAAGUUGUCGAACACGGCGAAAUCAAUAUCGGAAAUCAUUCCACAGACGUCCCUUUUCAUUCCAAUUACCCUACCAUCGACACGUUUGCCAGGCUACGUCAAAUUGGACGCGAGUUCUCCAUGGGAAGUUUCUGGCUUGUUGUCUUCUGCGAUGGAAAGCAUGACACUGCCUUCAAGAUUAAAGCCUCAAAAUGGUACAAGGCAGACUUUAGACCAAUUGGCAAGCACAUUGAAUGUCAAUGGCAAUCAGAAUAUUGCGAAAUUACGCAUGUCUGUGAAACAACAGCCUGAAGCAGGAAUUAAUGAUACCAUUCAUACAGGAACGAACGGACAUUCGCAGGCCACAGAUACGAGGAUUACUUCAGGAAGAUCUUUAAGUCGUGGUGAGGAUGUGCCUGCGGAGAAUGAUACUGCCAAUUUUGAUAUGGACUUCUUUCCUACAGAAACAGGAGAGCAAUUUCGCGGUCCUCGGAAGUCCGGCAAGGUUCAUGUAUUUGGCCAAGUUGAGAAUUAUAGAGGAAAUGAGGAAUACGAUGAGGAAAACGACAGAAAUGAUGAGGGUCGUGAACGAGCUCUUAGAAUUGCUGCCAGUCUUCCAUUGCUUUCAAAGACAUAUACACCAUUAUCUUUUCCACUUCUCGAUAGUUUCCCAGGUAUCUUCAACCAUGAAGAUGAGCACGUCAGGAACAUCUCAAUCAGCACAUCUCUCUCGACUGAUACGUCUGUGGCCCUGCGAAUCAAAAGCCUUCAGCAAAUAGUAAAUAGAGCUAUUGGCAUGGAUGAACGAGAGGCGCUCAGUAACUCCCUUGGCGAGAUCGCGGAAUCGUAUGAAGAAGGUUGGGAUAGUGACACCGACGACGAUGAUGAUUAGUUGAGAUGUAAGUAAUUACGAAUAAGAUUACCUGAACUUUGUCCCGACAUUCGGUGAGUCUGUACGACUCGGUGAUUUCUCAUGCGAACUUUGUCAGCUUACAUAUCGGGAAGAAAAUUUCACGACUCAAAGCUGUUGGGUGGCGUGUUCGGUCACGGUAUUGAGGCCUAUUUACAGCCCAACUUAUACCCAGCAACGACUGGGUGAAAGGUCAACAGUGAAGCGAAAGCGACAAAUAGUACCGAGAAAAGGCUACCAACGGAAGUCCAUCAUCGCACAAUGUUAGCCUUCCGCCACAUCUCUGCUUUCAUUGUCUAUUUUCCGAGGAAUUCUUAAUUGGAUCAUCGAUGCAUCUCCCUCGCAAAAAUUUGUAUCUCAUUUGAAGCACAGCAAUUGAUUCAUAUUCCAACAUAUCCUGAUUUUUUUUUUACCUUGGACCUCACCCCGCCUCUGUUAUGCAUGACACAGAUUUUCAGCCCAUUCAAAUACAGGAUCCUAGUAGACAACCUUCCCCGCAUUCGCUAGUAGAUCCUGAUGCAUUUUGAAGUCAAAUACGAAGAAGCAAGAAGUCUUUCAUAUGCAUCUCGAGAUUUGCUCUAGUAAUAAAAAGACAUGCUCGGUCGGUACCCAAUCUUUAAAGGUACAAAAAUCGUUGUGUUACCUGGUUUACCGGUACCAAAGCUAACCAAGAAAAUGACACACCACGUUUUUUUUGAUAUUUCUAGAGGCCUCGAGAACGGACAACAGAGAACAAAUUUUGUCACCAGGCCUCGCUUUCCCCCGGAAAUGUGAUUCAUGAGGUGGCACCAUGUAAGAAUACUGUUUAUCAUGCAAAAGCUCGUGUUCCUUUCUCCUUCAUGCAUCAUAAUAUUGCUUCCACAGCAUUAAGCGACUAGGAACCCAUGUUUAUGCCAGCCUUU